GAGCUGGAGCUGAGUUCGCGGCUGAAAAGCGCCAGCUCCACCAUUGAGCAAUCCCUGGGGCUGGCCGGUUGUGAGAGCUACUCCGCCACACCGCCGCCCCCACCUGGUUCUUCUUCGUACUCAGACAUCUAUCCUCCGGGUUGUCCUCCGCCGCCUGGAGUGUGA